AUGCCGGAACUCGCCACGUUCCUGUACCAGCUGCCGAGACGACGAGCGCGAGGCUCCGAGGUCCAAAAGCUCGAGCUCUCCCCGACGCAUGCGCGGAUCGAUCGAUCCAGCCCGAGCGACGGGAGGAGGCGGCGGCAGAUCGACCGGCAGCUGACUAAGGUGGAUCCCCGGAAGCAUGGCAAGAGGCCCCUACCCGCCGACGAGGAGGAAGAGGAGCCGCCGCCCCCGCCGCCGGCAAAGCACGAGCCACUGGAUGUCGAGGAGCAGUACCACGUCUCGCAGCUGCAAGGAGCAACGACCUUUAGCGGCGGCGGAGGGUCGUCGUCGUCUCCCGUCGGCGCGGGCCCGUCGCCGGAGGCGUACGCGCAGUUCUACUACUCGGCGCGCGCCGACCACGACGCCACCGCCGUGGCCUCCGCGCUAGCCCACGUCAUCCGCGCCUCCCCCGACCAGCUCCCGCCGCAGGCCUUCUACGCCGCCGCCGCCGCCGCCGGCGCCACGGGCCACCAGCAAGCAGCGCCGCACCACCCCGGCGGCCACGCCGGCGCCGCCGCCGCGGCCGAGGAGGAGCAAGGUCGGAGGCGGCACUACCGAGGGGUGAGGCAGCGGCCGUGGGGGAAGUGGGCGGCGGAGAUCCGGGACCCCAAGAAGGCGGCGCGGGUGUGGCUUGGCACCUUCGACACGGCGGAGGACGCCGCCAUCGCCUACGACGAGGCCGCGCUCCGGUUCAAGGGCACCAAGGCCAAGCUCAACUUCCCGGAGCGCGUCCAGGGCCGCACCGACCUGGGCUUCCUCGUAACCCGCGGCAUCCCGGACCGGCACCACCACCACCAACACCAAGGCGCGGUGACGCUGGCAGCAAUGCCGCCGCCGCACCGGCACCAGCACCAGACCGUGGUGCCGUACCCGGACCUCAUGCAGUACGCGCAGCUGCUGCAGGGCGGCCGGGGCGGCGGUGGCGGUGAUCACCACGCCGAGGCGGCCGCCGCCCACCAGGCGGCGCAGGCGCAGCUCAUGAUGAUGGCCCGCGGCGGCGGCGGCGUCAACCUGCCGUUCGGCGCCGCGUCGUUCUCGCCCUCGCCCUCGCCCUCGUCGGCGCCGCAGAUCCUGGACUUCUCCACGCAGCAGCUCAUCCGGCCCGGCCCGCCGUCGCCGGCCGCCGCAAUGUCGUCGGGCGCUGCUCCGUCCACGCCGUCGACGUCGUCCACGACCACGGCGUCGUCGCCCGGUGGCGGUGCAUGGCCGUACGGUGGGGAGCACCACAGGAAUAAAAAAGACCCGUGAUCGAGCUGGCCGGGGGGGAUAUGCAUGCAUGCAAGUUGCAAACACUUGCAAUGCGAGAGGAUCAGACCAAGUAGCUGUAUUAUAUGGAGGAAUAUGCAUGCAAUAUGGGGUAAGUGCCAGUGGUGAUUUUUGCUGGAAGCAUAAGCAUUUCUUGGCCAUUUUUCUCUCUUGUCUCUUUUUUUUUCGAAAUGCAUGAUCUUCUUUUGUUCAUUUCUUGGAGGAUCCUCACUUUAAUUUAGAGAGCUAGCUAGCUGCUAGAGCUUGCUACCUUCCUUGUUUAAUUUACUGGUCUGUUGCUCAUCUCUUUAAUUUGUUCAAGUGUCAACUGAUUAAUUGUGCAAACUAAUCCAAAAGCAAGAAGAGGGGAAUCUUAUUGAUGAUGCAAUAUACAGGACAUGUUUUUUUCCUCUCCAAA